CUCCUCAAUGCUCCCCAUCGUUCUUCACCCCUCCAUCCGUGAGGCAAAGCUAAAUCACGGCAGCUUUCGCGAUGGUGCACAAUCGGAUAAUUAAAAUUCGUAGCUUCUGAGCCACAAGAUGAGCACGUCAUGCAUAGAAGACCUCCCGGACGUUGUGUUAGAGUAUAUAUUCUGCUACCUUUCGCCAUACAGAGACUUCAAGUCGUGCAGACUAGUCAACAAAGCUUGGUACGCUCACGCUAAAGCUGCAGAACGUAAGCUACGCAGGGACUUCCUAUAUUCUGUGUCACUCCAAAAUGUUGUCUGGUGCCAAAAGCCAACAGAGUCGGGGCCUACUAUUUCAAAGCGCUACUCCCACAGUGCCUGUGUGCUUGGGGACUCAAUGUACGUUUUCGGGGGUUGUACGACGGCGAAUACAACGUUCAACGACCUUUGGCGCCUUGACCUGGCUACUCGAAGGUGGAUUCGGCCACUGACAAUGGGUACCUACCCUCCACCCAAAGCAUGUGCGUCCCUUGUGCCGUACAAGGAAAACCUGCUGCUUUUUGGGGGCUGGACGCACACGUCUCCAUACCCAUUGCAUCAGGCAUGGCGCAUCUUCCGCCAUCUGCACGUGUACAACUGUAGUGCCAACCGGUGGACCCAGGUGAGCACGGUCGGCGGCUGUCCUUCCAUGGCGGGCCACUCGGCCACCAUGCAGGGUCAGCUCAUGGUGGUCUUUGGCGGGCUGCACUGCGCCAACCCAGUCGGGCCAUUCUCCAGUUCCAACGACAUCUGGGUCCUGGACCUACGGAGUUAUGUGUGGAGCAAGCAGAGGACAACUACACCUAAGCCUUGGCCACGUUAUGGCCAUUCACAAAUUCCUUUGGAUGAAAAACACAUUCUUGUUGUUGGAGGCUGUGGUGGCCCUAACAUGCUUUUGAAUGAUGUCUGGCUGUUGGAAAUUUUUGACGACCCCGAAAAGCCAUGGAGCUGGAAGGAAGUGACGGUGACAAACAAGGAACACGCAGCGCCGCAGCUCUCAUUUCAUCCUGCAUGCAAGGUCGGUGAUCGGGUGGUUGUGCUGAGCAAAUCACAGCGAGCGUAUGCCACACCCUCUGGGUUGCAUCCAGCCGGAAUGAUGCGAGUGCGGCCGACGCAUCGCGUGUGGGUGCCACCAAGCCCUGAACAGACAGUCAGGCCUCAACCGAGUGAUAGUCAGAGGGAUGCAUGUGUCAAUGGAACCCGGGGUGUUCUGAAGAGGCCUCUUGAGUCGCCGCCCUCAUCGUCUUCCUCACCAUCUACCUCAUCUUCACCUAGCCAGCCCUCCACCUCAAACCAGGGCCCAUCAGAUUUUGCGCUUCCUGGCUCAUCUACAGCCAGCAGUUCGAGCUGCGAUGAAGAGGAUGAAACGAGUGAUGAUAUGGCACGGAGGUUGUCCUCAAAGAAAACGGCUAUAUCCACAGUUGGCAGUGCUCGCCCAUCGGUACGCCCCAAUGCCCGACACAAUCGACAAAGGCAGCUGGAGUUACUCGACCGUAUGGAGCAGAGGCUCAAGGCCCUUAGAGCAGGAGGGGCAUCGACUGUGCCAACACGGAGGCGGCCAACUGUGCCCGUGUGCCCCAUGCGGCUGUACGUGCUGGAUGUCAGUCAGGUGGCUCAGGAAGGCAAGGCAUCGUGGUUGCCACUGCAGCCACAAGCGGCUGCAACUAGCACUGCUUCCAUGGUUGAAGAAGUGAUCCUGUACUCGCUGGUGCUUGGACGCGGGGAGCUGAUCCUCUUUGGUGGCAUCCAGAAGGACCUUGUCAACAGGCAGGAGGACACCGACGCCACUUCUGAGGUCGUCUCAAGCUCUCUACACUUCAUCACAUCCAAGAGGGACGUCAUAUGAGCACUUCAUAUGCACCGCCUGCCGAGGUGGCUCAGAUGUUACUGGUUUCUCGGAUCGCUUGCAUGUGCAGUUUUGUUGUUGGAGUUGCUGGAAUGUUCCUCUUGUCCUGGUCAUCAUCCCACCAUGCACUGUGCUGUGCAAGUUCACAGUUUUCCGUUUCCAGUGAACACCCGCAGUGCUCUGCAUUUCAGAGAGCUAGCCGAAAAGCAAAUGUGAUGUUUUUGUUCCACAUGCACUGUUGAUACAAUGUUUUGCAGUUUCGAGCCUUUAUUUGGCUGGUUGCAGAACUCUGCUUGCUUGGCCAAGCAAAAAUGAGAGCAACUAUCCGAGUUGUAACGACACUUCGCAUAUGUGCUAAGGAAGCUUUUGUGCGGAGUUCUCAGGCUUUAAAAUAUUUUUAAGAAAGUGUUCACAGUGGGAAGCAAUUUUUCCAAACAACAUGAGAGUGAGGUGCAUGAAAGAAAAUAGUUGAUUUGUAAUUUUGCUUGAACUUUCAUUCGAUGCAUUUUUCUUCAGCUUUUAAAGGCAGAUUUUUUUUUGUUAUACUAACUAACCAAUUCAGAUAACAGGAAGUAGAAGAAUGUUUCUGUACAUGCGAUUAUAUGAAAAAUUUGGAGAGGAGUCAAAAUAACCAAAGCCGCAAUUUGGGCUAGGUAGCCUUAAUAUGUAUCUGAGCAGCUUGAAGAAAGCACCAGAGAUAUAUAGGACAACACAUAGUGCACAUAACAUUGUGUGCUGUUGUGCAAUGUAAAUGUGUCUUUUUCAUGCACCUCUGGUUUGCAUUGUGCAUAAUGUUGAUGACUCUUACAUGUUCGACGUUCAACCACAGUAACCUGAUACGCACAAUGUUGUAAUGUAUGUUGCUCUAAAUAGCUUGUGCAGGUGGAAGCCUGUCAUCAAGGCAGCUGCAGAUGAGUGAAAUGCCAGUGUAAAGCUCCUGAGUGAGUUUCUAGCUUAAAUGCUAAAGCCUUCAAUUCAGUUCUUUUGCCCAUUGAACACAGAUUUUAAGGUGUCUAUGACAUGGACUACUGUGUGUUGACACAUUGUUCUUCCACGUAAACACACUUCCAAGGUGCUCUCAUUGCAGUUUCUUACGCGUCCUUCACAUUAUGAUGGUUGAACAGUGCGGGCCCAGCUUUGAGCAUCUGAUUUCUAUUUAUGUGAAAUUAACUGCUGCACUGCAUCUUUGUUCUCGUUCUGGUCAAUAUUGGCCGGUAUAAUGUGUUAGGCUGUUAUUCAGAAUUCUUGUCAACUCCCUCUUGCUUGCCAUGUUGGGUGGUGAAAAAAAAAAAAGUGCUGGGUUAUAAUGCUACAGAUAUACAUGGUACAGUUAAACCUCGGUGUAACAAAGUUCAGUGUAAUGAAAUUGUUGACACAACAGAUUAUUUUGAUUUUCAUAAUUUGAUGUCCAUAGAAUGCCAUGUAUAUUUAGUCUCAGUAUAACAAAGUAAGUUGCAACAGUGUGUGCUGCAUGGCCAUGGCUGACGAUGUGUGUACUUUGCAAAGGGGUGUGCAUCUCACGCGCAAAUAAUUGACGUAAUUAAUUUUUUAACAGCACAGCUGUUUAAACCGGCCGAAAUGUGUGCCGCCUGCCACUGCGUCGCCUAGCAACCACCUUGCGGAGCGUCGCGUGGUAUGCUCGGGAGAGAGAAGAAGAAAAUGAGAGCGAGAGAGAGUGCGCACUAUGCUCAAGAGAGAGAAAGAGAAAAUGAGAGCAAGAGUGAGUGCGUGCUAUGCUCGGGAGAGAGAAAGAGAAAAUAAGAACGAGAGAGAGAAACAAAUUGUAGCAGCACCAACGAAGCAACGCGCAGAGGUGCUGCCGACGCCAUCCGCACUUCUCCGUUUCCCCGCAUUAGCGCCAAAUGCUCGCGGUGUCCGUGACUGCAGCAGGUGCCUCUGGCGGCGGCUCGGCCAAGCUCCCAUCAGCUGCGCGCUACUGCACAUGCACCGUGACGUCAUCCCGGCGUGUUGUCUGCUGCACGCUGCCCGUACACUGUGCAUAGCUUUCGCCCCACUUCCCCUAUGUGUGCUCGGACUGCAAGUGCUUCGCGAGGCGUUCCCCGAUGCCACGGACUACGAGGAAAUGCUUAUACACUUCGUAUAACUUAGCAUCGCUUGGCAUUACUUCGUAUAGCUUAGCAUCACUUCGUAUAGCCAGGACCAGCUGGGAACCUAUCAGCUCCGCUGUGUCUUAGCCUUGCGCCACUAGUGCAAGCUACCCCGAUCUUUUUUUCUCUGGUGUUUACAUUCAUAUUUAGGGGUGCCGCCCUUACACAAGAAUAUACACUAUUUUUGUGUAAAGAAAUUUCGAUGUUACAAAAUACUGUGCCAUUGUUAAAGCGAAGCUUUCUUUGCCUCUUCUCCGCGCUUCGUGAUUGCUGGCUGCUAUCUCACUCAGUAGACGCAAGCUCAUUGCUAACUACCACACUACCCACUAGGCCACUACCCACUAGGCUUGCCUCUAUGCGAUCCUAAUACCCCAUAGAUGGCACUAGAGUGUUGUCGUGGCUUCCCACUUUCCUCCUUUUCCCCCCCACUAUGCAGUGCUGACUGUCUUGCCAAGUAUAUUCAAGUCCACUACACACUCUACUAGUCAUGCCUCUGUGUGACAUCAUGGCCCCAUAGAUGGCACCACAAUGCUUUCGAGACUUCCCACUCUCGUUCCUUUCCUUUUUCUCCCCAUUUUUCAGGUGUUGGCUGUCUUGCCAAGUAGAUGCAACCACAUUACUGUACUACCCAUUAAUCUUGCCUCUUUAUGACACUACGACUCCACAGAUGGCGCCGCAAUGCUAGAGUUACUGUAUCGGCUGCCUUUAGUGAGCCAGAGCUGCGCCACUGUUAUCUGUGCGCCGCUCGUGCCGCCUCCGGCGAUUCUAGCGCUGCUAUUCGCCGAGUGCCUUUACGUGGUCAAAAUGGGCUCUCCUGCGUUGUGGAGAAGCCAACACUUUGCAGGUAACCACCGAAACCGGUCAAACCGGAAUAAUAAAAGCGGCAGUUAUUAUUCUUGUUGCAUGUUGCUUGAUAGUGCUAUCUGAAAGAUAUGUUUCGCAGGUGUUUUCUCGGCUAAAUUGCGGAAUCAAUGUCACACGACGCACAGACGGCUCUUGCAGUAGGAUGCUGUAUAAAAAAAAGUAUUUUUUUUUUCUAUCUAAGCACAGUGCUGUGGAAGUUGCACAAUUCAACGUACACAUGAGAACUUUAUUCGUACAGUAAACGCGUAACACAUGCAGCGUUAGUCAGUGCGUGUGUCUGCUACACAUGAGAUCCAUAAGGUUCUAUAUGAGAGUCAAUGCAAACAAUGUAUGAGUGCAUGCAAUUCCUUGCAUCAUUCACCUGGAACAUAUUUAGCUUCCCUACUUUACAUGCGAGGAAUGUUGAACGCGACAGCGCUGUUUCUUAAAUAUGCGCAUUCACGUCUUUCAGCUGUCACGAGCCGUGAUCACAUUCAUGCCUUACAAAAGUUAUAUGUAAUCUAUGAAUGCUUUGCAUUAUAGUUGACGUUUUGCAUAGAAAUCAGAAAGGCCACCAAGUUGCCACCAGGCACUGGUGUAUGUGUUUGUCAAACGCUAUAUUUUCAGCAAUCAUCAGAUAAUAAGGCACGCCAGUGUGAAAUCUAGACUCAUAAUCAUGAGGUGAGCGAUCGACUUAUACUCGCAAAAAAAAAAAAAAUACUGGCAUUGAGGCGCGAGUGAAGCUUGUACACGUAUGGGGAGUUGCUUUCCCGCAUAACUGUGGAGCCCAAGAUGGCGUACCUUGGCGUAACUCUGGCUCCCUAAAGGGAACCUAUACAGUAACUCUAGUCACGGCUACGGUGCUUCAAUAGCUGUGGCUUUCAGUUUCUUGCGGUAUGGUGUAUGGCACUCUGCUUUCACGUAGGGGGUGAGAAACACCGAGGAACAAAGUGAACAUUUCACUGAGAAAUGCGAAAUGGAGCAGUGUUGUUAUGCUGGGAAGAACUGCUUGGAACACGAGUGCACAUUUGUGCUUAAACGAGAAGCGGUGCAGCAUCGAUACGCAGUGUUGAGACGGCAGUGGAAGUGGACUGUGUCGUUCACAGGUGCAAGCAAGAAGUAUUUUGAGAAACACUUCGUACAAGAUAUGUUCAAUUCGGUGCAAAGUGGAUGCGAUAUGCUCUAGUUUCAAUUGGUCAUAUCUGCGGUGUUGGAGUACCUUUCGUUUAUGUUGAGCGAGAUGUUUCCCGGUGAAAACCGGGAAACCUCUCGCU